GGAAGCAGUAAGUUGAUGCUUAAUACCUGCAAUCGUGACACCUGGUCAACUCCUGAUCGUGAGAGAGAUGCAAACGGAUGUGUGUAUGGGGUAGAGCUAUCUCCAUCUGUUCCUGAAGGUAAUUGUGAUUGCGGUGCUGGGUGGCUAGAUGAGAACAAUCAGGGUAAGACUUUGAAGGAGCGUCCAGUACCUUUGACUGUUUAUACAGGUACAGCUCCGGUCAAAUGUAUGGUUUAUAGUAGGUUAUGUUGUAGUUUGGUAAAUCCAUGUAAGUUAACAUGGCAAGAGGGUAAGGAUGAAUGCCUUCAUGUGCUUUCUUCAGAAACAGCAGCUGGUGAUGAAAUUGGAUGGGAGUAUGUUUCAAUGGUUAUGAGUAAUACCGGAUGCACAUUUUCGGGAUUUUGCCAGGUAAAGGAUGCCUUCUACAAAUUUCGUCACCCAAAUGCAAAGUUUAUGGACGCUAGUGUUUUUAUUAGGUGGUGGUUUAGUUGGGCAAGCAAUAUGAAGAUUGACUUUCGUCAGCCUUGUGAGGUAUGUGGUUUUGAGCCAAAAAGACUGUGUUGUGAUGGCACUAGGGUUGGUGUUGGAUUCAGACAUGCCACAUUUGAAGAAAUUAGUAUUCCAGAUUCUUCAAUUCCAGUUCAACGCACAUUACAUAGACGCAUGGACAGAUGUUUCCUACAAAAUGUAAGAGAUAUUAAUAAAGCUGAUUUGAUUUCUAUUCGAACCAAUUUAGAUUACCUUUCUAGGAAACAAUUAGGAGAAAUAAUUGGCAAUGAUGAUGAUUCUGAAAAAGUUGCUGCAGUGUUGCUAGUCCUGCCAGAUGCGGUAAAACCAUCCUUUGAACGUUUCAAUUCAAAUAUGUCUGAUUUAGAAAAGACAGCUUAUGCCUUUGUUCUUAAGAUGUUGGCAACAACAGCUUCAGUCACAAGUCUUUUGCCAGCAAGAUAUUGUCAGGACUUUGAUCAGGUAAUUAAUGAUUGUAAUUAUAGUGAAUCUGCACUAAACAUUAGGUUUAAUUCUGGCAUGACUGAAAUGAGAAAGUAUGCACCUGAACUCCAUGAUUUGAUUGGUGAGUCUAUGUUAAGCAAUGGUAAUCUUAUUCCAGAUGAUAUUAAACUUUUCCUUCAAUAUCUUAGCAAUAGGUCAGUAGAUGUUAGUUGCAAUGAUUCAGAAGAAGCCAUUCCACAACCAGGUACAUAUAAUCCAGAGAAAUAUGGCCGUGCAUACUACUUCAAUCAGUCUGGUUUGAAGGUAAGGGACAUAAGGAAAUUUACAAUUGAUGAAGAAAAUGUCAACAAAAAGAAUGCUGACCAUGAUGAUGCUGCUCAUGACUUUGAGCGAUGCAACAAGUUUUUCACCAAGGUAAAUGUCUCAGCUCCAGGAACAAGUACUUUGUUUUUAUGGUUUUGUGCAGACCAUGGUCACUGCUAUGGCUUCCAUAUGACAAGGGCAGAAGGAAGAAAAGACCCAGCAGCUUCACUGUAUUCACACCUGGUAAAACCUCCUUCUGAUGUAUUUUAUGACUUUGCAUGUAAUCUUCAGGAGUAUUGUUUAAAUCGGGAGAGUGGUUACUUCAGAAAUGUAAGAUUUUUUCAUGACAUCUUUCAUGGCUAUGCCCACAAGUGUUCUGUUGCUUUCCGUUCAUCAAGGCUUCAGGGCUUUGAAAGCAUUAAUUCUGAAAUUUGUGAGCAAUUCAAUAGCUUUAUUCAGUGUAUAAAAAAGUCAGCCCGCCAGAUGAAUCAAUCUCAUUUUUGCUUCUAUUUACAGUAUUUUUUACAUGAGUGGAAUAAGAGGAAGCGACAGGUUUACCUGAAAAAGUUGCAAGUUGCCUUAGCUGGUCUUAAGUAAUGUGAAUAUUUGAUAUAUAUUUUUGAACAUCUGCUUUGUGUUUUCCUCAAUCCUCUUCAGAGAGCAGCACAUUAUUACCAUGACAGCAGGGAGGAUCAACCAAACCAGUGUCGACUUACUGCUUUAGUUCAUCUUUCUCUCUGGACAUCAUCUUAUAAAGAAUAUUAGUGAUAAUAAUUAUCAAAGAACAAGAAACAAAUGUUAAAAAGUGUUUAAAAAAAUAUUAGCAUUGACUUUACAUCUAGUCUCUAAAUUCAAAGUGUUGUCACUACAACUUAAUAGACAGAUCAUUGAAAGCUGAGAUUGCUCUAUAUUUCAUUUCCGAAUACAUCUAUUUGUCUAUCAAAGAACCUUUUCGACAUAAUACCAAUUGUAUCUUAGAUUAUCAUUGUUAACAUUAUUAGCUCAUCUACUGCAUAUUACAUAUUGAAUGUACAUG